UUCAUAUCAAAGAAAAAGUGAAAAAAAUAUUUUGAAACAAGUUUAAGUUUUUUUACUACCUUCACCUUGCACUAGUCAAGUAACUAAAUGGUAAUUAGGCAUUGUGAAGGGAAUGUGAGCACAAACUUGGUUACAUCUGCAUUCAGGGAUGUUUUUUGCUCUUCCCCAGAGGUGUGUGUGAUGUUGUGGUCAGACUCCAGGCAGAGUCCAGGUGUKACUCUUGUAAAGCCUUAGUAAGGCUGUCCCAAAGACUCGUCCUUGACUCUUCAAUGGCAGAGCACGCCCCAGAGCGCUCAGAAUGCCACGACUCGUGGCUCUGUAACUCCCCCGAUGGGGGCUGUGACACUGCCAUGCACAAGUUUGGUGUGGCGAGCAGGGACUCUGUCACGCAGGCAUAGUGGGCUGGCACACGGGAUUUGUCUUCAUAGACAGUUUUCACAAUCAGCUUGGAGAGCUGCUGUUCUCUCCUGGUGUGGUAGUACCUGCACAAGCCAUGGAGAUGAGAGCACACAAAGARCAGCCUGCCUGGGCCGCCCUGUGCGCCGGAAGCUCCCGUGUACUUUGCCCCGAGCUGACACGAAGGCCAUAGCUUGGGCUGAGUCAGGAGCAUCCCACUGCCCUUCCCUCGGGGUGUGUAUUGCCAGGGUGGCUGGUUUCAGGCUGAGGACUGGUGCUGCUGACCGUUCCUUUCCACAUUGCUGUCACCGCUGCCUUUUGCUGGUCUGCUGUGUGAAACAGCACAGGUGUAGCCUCCAAAGGCACCUUCCCUUGGGACUGAAAUGGGGUCAGUCUGGUGGUUGCUGCUCUGCAUCCCCAUGCUGUCACCCACAUUUGCUGGGGGUGUCACCCGUGUCUAUUACCUGGGGAUCCGUGAGGUGGACUGGAACUAUGCUCCGACGGGGAGGAAUGUGCUCGCUGACCAGAGUAUUGCACAGAACCGCCAGGCCUCAGCAUUCCUGCAGUCUGGGAAGAACAGGGUGGGAAGCACGUACAAGAAAUCUGUCUAUAAGCAAUACACGGACUCCACSUACACCAUUGAGAUCCCCAAACCUCGCUGGCUGGGGUUCCUUGGGCCUGUCAUCCGAGCAGAAGUGGGGGAUACCAUUAAAGUACACCUGAAAAAUUUUGCUAGUCGACCGUAUACAAUCCAUCCUCAUGGUGUUUUCUACGAAAAGGACUCUGAAGGAUCCCUGUAUCCUGAUAUGUCCCCCCAGGAUCAGAAGAAGGAUGAUGCUGUUUUCCCAGGAAGGAAUUACACCUAUACYUGGACUGUCCCUGAAGAUCACAGUCCAACUGCUGACGACCCAAACUGCUUGACCUGGAUCUAUCACUCUCAUAUUGAUGCACCAAGGGACAUUGCAUCUGGAUUAAUUGGGCCAUUACUUACAUGUAGAAAAGGAAUACUGACAGGCAGCUCUCAAAGACGCCAGGAUGUGGAUGUUGAUUUCUUUCUGAUGUUCAGUGUGGUGGAUGAGAACCUAAGCUGGUACCUGGAUGAGAACAUAGCAUCAUUCUGCACAGAUCCUGGCUCAGUAGACAAAGAAGAUGAGGAAUUCCAGGAGAGCAACAAAAUGCAUGCUAUUAAUGGUUACGUGUUUGGCAACCUCCCUGAGCUGACRAUGUGUUCUGGGGAUUCUAUUUCAUGGCACCUCUUCGGGAUGGGCAAUGAAAUUGAUGUUCACACGGCUUACUUCCAUGGACAGGCGCUCAAUAUCCGAGGCCACAGGACAGACGUGGCCAGCCUCUUCCCAGCCACUUUUGUCACAGCAGAUAUGAUCCCCAGUAACCCUGGGAGAUGGCUGCUGAGCUGCCAGGUCAAUGAUCAUAUACAAGCUGGGAUGGGGGCACUCUAUGAAGUCCGGACCUGUUCUUGGCAAGCUCCGGCACCCACCCUGAAAGGCAAAGUUCGGAAAUACUACAUAGCUGCCAAGGAAGUGCAGUGGGACUAUGCACCCUCGGGGCUCGACCAGAGCAGUGGGAAGGGGCUGAGCAAUGCAGGCAGCCCUGGUGAACAGUAUUUCAAGCRUAGCCCCCACCGAAUUGGGGGUGUCUAUUGGAAGGCAAAGUAUGUGGAAUAUACRGAUGGGAGCUUCCGUGAGGAAAAGCAGCAAUCAGAAGAAGCAAAACACCUUGGAAUACUUGGUCCAGUGAUCAAAGCUGAAGUUGGAGACACCAUCCUAGUGACAUUUUUCAACAAAGCCUCCUGGCCCUUCAGUAUCCAUCCCCAUGGAGUGUCCUAUGGGAAGGCGUCAGAAGGGAUGUGGUACCAUGAUGGUGUGUCCCAGAAUGGGGUUACUGUGGCACCCCUGCACAACUUCACGUACCGCUGGACUGUGCCAAGCCAUGUGGGGCCCACGUCCAGCGACCCUCCCUGCCUCACCUGGAUGUACAGCUCGGCUGCCAAUCCUGUCAAAGACUCCAGCUCGGGUUUAGUGGGGCCUCUGCUCAUCUGCAAGUCAGGCACUUUGGAUGACAACAACAAGCAGAAAGGAAUCGACAAAGAAUUUUAUCUUCUCUUCAACGUGUUUGACGAGAACCUCAGCUGGUAUUUAAAUGCCAACAUAAAGUACUACUUGAGGAUGGAAGAGACAUCUGUGAAAAAGGAUGAUGACUUUGAGGAAUCCAACAGGAUGCAUGCCAUCAAUGGAUUUAUGUUUGGUAACUUGCCGGGGCUGGAAGUGUGUGAAGGAGACAAAGUGUCCUGGCACCUCCUGGGCUUGGGCAGUGAAGCGGAUGUACAUGGAGCUGUAUUCCAGGGAAACACCAUACAGAUGAAUGGGAUGCGGAGAGAUUCAGCCAAUCUGUUCCCCCACACAUUUGCCACUGCUUUCAUGCAGCCUGAUAACAGUGGGACUUUUGAGAUCUACUGCCAGACGAGCAAUCACUACCAGUCUGGGAUGAGGGAACAGUACGUCGUUUCCAAGUGUGGAAAGACGGGCACUACAUCUGCCCGUCGGUAUUCGGGAGUGCGGACGUUCUACAUCGCRGCCGAGGAGAUGCUGUGGGACUACGCACCCGACCGCAGCUGGGAGAGGGAACGGCACAACCACUCUGCAGAGAGCUAUGCUGACGUGUUUCUGAACAACGAGAAUGGACUGCUCGGCUCCAAGUACAAGAAAGCAGUUUACAGRGAAUACAUGGAUGGCACUUUCCAAACCCCCAAAGCCAGGAUAAAUGGUGAAGARCACCUGGGGAUACUGGGCCCUUUUCUGUGGGUGGAAGUGGGCGAUAUUCUCAACAUUGUGUUCAAGAACAACGCCUCUCGGCCCUACUCCAUCCAUGCACACGGGGUGCUGGAGCAGCAGACUGGACAUCCACAAGUGGCAAACCCUGGUGACAUUGUYACAUACCGGUGGGAAGUUCCUGAGAGAUCUGGUCCAGGGCCAAAUGAUUCAGCCUGUGUUCCUUGGAUCUACUACUCCUCGGUGGACCCAGUAAAGGAUAUGUACAGUGGGCUGAUCGGGCCCCUGAAGGUCUGCCGGAGAGGGGCCCUGCGGUCUGAUGGAACCAGGAAGGACAUAAAGAGGGAGUUUGCUCUGCUCUUCCUGGUUUUUGAUGAAAAUGAGUCCUGGUACUUGSAGGAGAAUGUGGAACAUUUCAGUAAGGGAAAUGACAAGAUCGACCUGCUGGAUGAGAAAUUYGUGGAGAGCAACAAAAUGCACGCAAUCAAUGGCAGGCUCUAUGCCAMCUUGCCUGGGCUGACCAUGUACCAGGGAGAGAGGGUGAGCUGGUACCUGCUGGGAAUGGGUCACGAGGUUGAUGUCCACACAGUCCAUUUUCAUGCUGAGACCUUCAUAUACAAGAAUGGCAAAAGCUACAGAGCAGAUGUUGUGGAUCUGUUCCCUGGGACCUUUGAAAUGGUGGAGAUGCUGGUUGGGAACCCAGGGACRUGGCUGCUUCACUGUCAUGUGUCUGACCAUAUCCAUGCUGGGAUGGAGAUCCUCUUCACUGUCCUGCCUAGAGGAGAGUCGGAGCUGGAAGAUGUGAGUGUCACCCCAGGGUUGGCACUUGAGGAUGAGGAUGAGUCCCAGAAGAUGAAGCUUUUUGGAUCUAAGGUGACCCAAGAGCAGAUAGAGGCUACAGUCAUCUCUCUGGCUGUUGUAGGAGUCCUGCUGCUUGUGGCCGCUGGYGUCCUCCUGGGAGCAGUCAUCCGCCUUGAGAAGCAAAAGAGGUUACGACGCAAUCGGAGAUCCAUCCUGGAUGAUGGAUUCAAACUCAUGUCUCAAAAGAAUUCUGGGCUCUGAAAGCCAUGUUCAGACAUUGGGCUGUGUACUUGGAGCAGGGGCUGGAUCCUUGUCCACAGCAAAGAUUUUGGGGCAUCAUUUCAAUUGUGCACUGUACUUCUAGAAGCUGAGGAGGGAAAGCUGGAGCCCUGACCUCUUAAUAUAUUCUCCUCAGCCCUCUGGAAAGAGAAUGUCCAUCCAGGAGAGAUCCAAGGACCCUUUGAACUGACUGCAGACAAGUAAUGAUUAAAAAAGGUCCUGAAAUACUCUCCUAAGGAGGAAAGGAGACAUUUUUUCACUCCAGAACUGCUCCAGCUGGUCUUUCCUAGCAGAACCUUAGGCCAGAUUCGAGUCUUGCUACAUUGCCAGAACCAAGUUGGGAAUUGUCUCCCAAGAAACUGUGAGCCAUUCAUUUAAUUAAUGUGAAGGAGAAGAUAAUAUUUUCAGUUUUUUCAAUCAAUUAAGAAUACAGAAAAAAUUUGUUAAUUUAUAGUUGGAUUGCUGUUUUUUGAUGAGUAAGUGGGCAGACACAAGUUCAGGGCCCUGCAUGCCAUUGUGAGAACCCCAUCAAGUGCCAUGAUGAGCUCUGUCCCACUGUCAGCCUUGCUGUGACCCAUCCUUCUGCUCUUGGCCUCCCCCUCUCCAGCCCCAGGGUGCCUUUGGGUUGGGGUCAGGCACCUCCUGGUCCCCGUUCUCUCUGCCUCAGCUGCCUGCUGGGGGCCAAACUGGGGGUAGGUGGUGGGACCAGAGUUCUGUGUAGCCACCUUCCAGUGUCAGCUGUGCCCCCACAUCCCAGUAACAUCACCCUGUGUGUGCCCACACAUCCCACAGUCCCAUCACCCUGCAGGUCAAGUACGGAGCCUUUUCCUAUGAAAUGCCUGUCCAGCUCCCUCCCCUGAAUCCCCAUUUCUCAAGUGGAUGCAGGUUUAGUGCUUACRUAUUUCUGUGCCUGGUUUUAAAGUGGAAAGAGCAUAAAGGCAAUCUGCUCUGGGUGGCUUUCAGAGGCAAUUAAAGCAGCUAAUUGGCUGUAAUGACAAAGGACUGCUGGGGGCUCCUUAGGUAUAACAGCACCAUUUUCUUCAGAACAAUGGUUCACACACUUAAUCAUGUUCAAUUCAUAUCCAGCCCCUGCAUAUUUCCAGCUGUCUUUUCCUUUGGCAGUGAGGACAAAGCUCAUUGUUUUUCUUUAAUUUCACUUCAUUAAGCCUGGUGAAGAGCUUGAGGGCUGCUGAAUACUCUGAAUAUGGAUGCUCUUUGGUCAAAUUCAGGCCUAGUUCAGCUGCUAAUGCAAACCAGAGGUUUCCAAACCCAUCAGUCCCAGGACAUUUUACUAGCUAUGCUAUGUGAAAUAAGAAUGAAGAAGAAAUCCUUUAUUUUUCUACCCCUUGKCUUGUUAAAAAAUAGAUCAAAAAUGUUUUGGGCCUGCACUGAGACAAAGGGAUGAGUAUAAAUGUAUUCCCUUGUUUYAAGGCAGCAGAAGGGGGAAAUUGCUCUUCCUGCAGCUCUGCAGCCUGGGCCCAACCUGGGCCAGGAUCUCUUGGCACUGCUGAUUGCCUGUCUGAGAAGCCGAGUGGGUGAGGAGCCACCCUUGGGUGGUUGUCAUGACUUUUAUGCUUUUGUUAAUAUUCUAGAUGCACAGCUUGGAAACAGAYCCUCAUGGGUCCUGUUUUUGUCCUCAGUGAAUGGAAUACACAGAUUUAUGGCAGAACUGCAAGUUUUAGAUGUAAAAAUACCAGGUUUCACAGUUGCUUUAUGAGGAACCUUCUGGGAUUGCUGGUGCUAUAGCUGAGUUAUGUGAUUUCCCUGGAGUGAAGCUUUACAAAGAUUUAAUAAAACUGAUUACAGUGUUUCAUUAGCAGCAAAUUCCCAAAAGGCUGAUCGUGUAGCCGAGCAUCAAAUCACYGUCUGCAGUGAAUCAGGAUGGGAGCAACUUUUAACACUGAGAAACUCAGCUAAAUCACUGAGGUCAUGGUAAGUCAUCAUCUUCAGUCRUGUUGAGAGCCUGAAGACUGGUCUCAAGUGGAGGGGCUGUGCAGAAGGGUCUGGAAUCAUCAAGCUGAGCGACAGUAACACUUGAAAUGCCCAGUUGACAUAAUGGCUGAUGCCUUCUUGCUGUGACCUCAGGAUCUGUAAGGAGGUAGCUGGCAUCUCAAGAGGUUAAACAAGUKUUUGGGAAUAAAUUGCAGCUGCUUCUUUAUUUUCUGGGAAUUUAAAUAGUAAUAGGUGAUGCUGGCCUUUUACACCACAUUUCAGACAGCAAUUUCAUUCUUACCCAGCGUUUCAUCAGUAUUGUUGACACAUAAACUAUAUCCUAAUUUGGAAGAUUUUUAGUAGUGAGGUAAAAUGGAACUAAGAUUUCAAACUCUUCUCAUUCCAGUUUGCCCAAAYAUUACCCAAUCAAACAAGACACCUCCUCAGACUUUGCCCAUAUUCAAUCAGAAAUAAUCAAAUUCCUGUGUCCUGAGCCAUGUGGCUCCUGCCCUUGGUCUGUGACCCCUGACAGCUCUUUAGCUACACAGUCAUGUUCUGUUAGGGCUUUGCUGAGAAUCCUUUUCCUUAGGCUGCUUUCUGCUGCAUUAUUUAGCUGUCCUUCUAUAACCUCAUGCCUCAGUAGUGCUUCAUGGCAAUGGCUGCUUCGUGGGUUCCAUCYCUGCCUACCCACCAGGAUCUGUCCCACUGACCACCUCUCCCAGGGUUACUUGGUGCUCUACAUGCUCCAUUGAACAGUUCUCGGAGUCAUCUGCAACAUCCAGCUUUACUGCUGCUGCUUUCUAGAUGGUGAAUCUUAGAAAAACAGCAAAUUUGUUUUACAAGUGCGUUGCCAUGGCAAUACCACAUCUGGGUMUUGUGCCUGUUUGUACCUGGACAUGUUCCUGUAACCAAGAAUCUGGAAUCAGAGAGCGGAUGAUGAUUUUGAUGGAACAGGGUGUUAAGUCAUAAAGCACAUUCUGAACUUAUCCUUCACCUUUCUGGGUCUGUCCCUCGCCUGCCAGCUUUCUGUAUGCURAAGAUACAUAAAUUACCAAACUGCAGGGAGGAACGUCAGUGAUCCCUGGAUAUCUUGUCUCAAGGUGUUGGCAAAUAAACAUCACACUGUGGAUUGGAAGGGCAACAAACCUUGACUGGAUUAAUACCUAGCACAACAAAUUCUGACUGCAGGGUAGGAUGCCACAAAUGACAGAGCUCAGCUGGGCUUCUCUGAGGUUCUGGUUUGCAUUGUGUAAUAAAAAAAGCAGGUCAUCUACCUGUUCCAGUUGAAAUUUUGAUKCCAAACCUCUGUGAAGACUGAAAUAAUUUGUUCUGUUCCUACUGAGUGAGCCCCUCUCUGGCUCCGGAGUGUGUGUUACAGUGAUACUGCCUGUGGCAAAUGUGAUYAGUUGAGUCUGUGGAGCACAGCACAGAGAAUGUGAGAACUCACUGAGGAAAAKCCUGCAGGGCUUUUGAAGGAAGGAUGGUCCCAAAGGAGCCUCAGAAAUAUGAAAUGCAGUUUUUGUGCAUGGCUGCUGCCCUGACAGCAUCAACUUCUUCUGUUUGUCUGGGUUUGUGGCCAGUUGCCCUAGCCCAUGGCUGUGGGUGCCAGGCCUGGGUCACCCUUCCCAGCCCUUGCCAAUGCACUCUCCAAACAAUCUGAGUUUGUGUUGAUGCUCCUCACCAACACCUGCGAUGUUUUCUUGGCUAUCAGAGCAUUUAGCACAGAUAUUAGCACAGCUUCCAUGUCUGGUGUGUAAGCUCUGAGAAUKUGGCUGCACAGAAAACAGGAAAAAGUCACAUUGUACAAGAUGCUAAUUAGYAACAGAUGGAGCAAGGUGGGGGCCAGAAAUUCAAGGCUGCUUUUGCCUCUAUUUGGCCUGCUUUCUUGUAGCAAAAAGACACAACCACAAAAAAAAAUCGAAAACCAAAUGCUUAUGCAGAAGUAGUUUCUUUGAUUUCUGUUUCAYACACGUGGGGACAUUUUCAUUGUUCUUGCAAAUUUGGCUGGCUGCUUAUGCUUACAACUACUCCACCUCCAGCAGCUCGACACUGGCUUCAGAAUUCCUUGCCCUGCAUGGGUCAAAGCUGCACUAUGGAUUAGGGGGCAGAAAGGCAUCCUUUGUGUGCAGGGCUGGUUGUUUUGCUUCAGGUUGACUCACACAAAUGUUCCAAUGAUKCAGAAAGAGACGAUAUUUGGUUAGGGAGACAUUCUGUGCUAGGUCUGAGGUUCAGCAAUUCAGGCACUGUUGUUGAUAAUAGAACCUUUGAACUAAUAGCCUUUUUCACUCAGGGGUCUCAAGGUUUUUGAGCAUUAUCCCGUUAAGCUGGCAGCAGAAGAGGUUUGUGUAACUGCCAGGCACAAAACCCUGCCCAGCUUGGGAGAAGUUUGGAUGUAAUUCAGGGCCACUUUGCUUCAGAUUGACUAUAAUUAAAAUUUCAUAAUACCUUUUGGAGGUGAAUUUUAUGUGCAAAUGAGGUACACCCCAGUGUCCAGAUGCAUAAAACCUUUCUGGCCGGUGUUAGAGGUGCURUUGUUCUGAGUGUAUGAAAGGAGACAGCGUGUUCCCAAACAGAUUAUUACUUUAGAUCUUUCAUGGGGCUAAAUUCGGGGAAAAUUUAGGAAAACACAAACAAUUAGAAUGCCAUUCAUUUCAAAGGGYUCAGGAUUAGAGCUAAAGACAGACMYAGCAGUGUAAACUUCUAAGCUACUUCUGUAAAAUUAGGUGCAUUUCUCUGUGUUUUGGGUCAGUCCUCAAGCACCUUUGGAACUUCUGGGAUGCUGGGUUUUUUUCUCCCUUAUUUCUUUUUUUUUCCUUCCUUAUUUUUCCCUUGUUACUCAGUGUACCCAUUCUAGAGUGAAGUAAUAACCCAAACCAAAUCACUAAGAAGUGAGUGGAGAGAAACAUUUCUAAAUUGGAUCAUUUGACUCCCCAGAUUGCAUCCUCUCCAUUUCCCCCCAAAUGAUUUCAGGACAGUUGCAAUGGCAGUCGUGAUCUAUUGAUUACCAGAGGAGAUAUACGCCCUCAGAGAAGCUGCCUGUGCUUGAUUAAUGCCCGAGUCUGUCCAGCCUAAAGARAAGGUUACUUAAUUUAAGUAACCAAAAGCAGAAAAAAAAAAAAAUGUAGGAUUUUGUAGUCUGUUGAAAACCUCUCACAUAGGAAACCUCUCAUGAACUUUUGUAUUUCUUUUCCAAUUCUGACUGUUACAAAAGAUAAUACUGUCUCAAACUUUAUUUCUUUCUCUUUUUCAGUUACCUCCUUUCAAGCAUUUCUUCCAAGCUGAGAGCCCAGAUACAAUGGUAGUCUUUGAAGRAAAAUAAUUAUGAUGAUGACUGGAGCCCUGGUGACGUCGUUGCUCCUUGAGAUUCACCAGUAUUAAAGAAAUGAAUGAUAUUACCUUAAAAAGUGUGUUCUGGAAGCAGGUGAAGUCUCAUCAGGCUGCUUCAUCAAGCAAAGCCUUUAGGGUUGUUUGACUUUGGCAUUUUUUCUUUCCCUAACCAAURCUUCCCUGCACCAAGGAACUCCCAUUCUCAGUGAUUCAGUCCUUUGGAAUGGCAUUAUCUGUCUUUCAGAACAUUUUUUUACUUUACUGUUUCUUCCAGGACAGUGAAUGGUUCAGCACUUGCUAAUGGGUCUGGCUGAGCUGUGUUCCUUCUGCUUAACAGGGAACACAUGAAGAUGUUCUUGUCCCUUGCUUAUUUUAGCUGGGUGUGGUUGACUUUUUUUUUUUUGGUACUCACUCUUGUUGAUCAUGUUACCGAGAAUAAAGAAGAACAAAAGUGGUCUUAUUACACUUCCACUGCCAAGUAACUCUUCUGGAAUGUGUUUGUGUUUCUGGAAUGUGGAAUGUUGAGUGUUGGGGAGAAGAUAAGACCAAGUAAUUUCUUCUACUCAGCUGAUCACUGGCAAUUUACAGUAUGGAUUGGAGUUAAAAAAAGUUUCAGGAAAGGUCUGUUCCUGUUGGUCCCACAUUUUCUGAGUCACAAAAGCAGGACUAGUCAUUGCAAACAAAGAGGGAAACAGUGAUCUCAGUGCACUAAAGCAAAUAUGAAAAAAAAGAAAGAGUUGUAAAUUAAUGUUUUCCAAGUAUUGU